ACGUUUUCUCUAAUCAACUAAACAAUUGGGCGACUGACUGUUAGUGUAAAACAGCCGAGAGGAGAGCAGUGGUUCGUGUUCAAAUUGCUGUAAAUACCGAAGAAAAGAGAUUCAAAGAUGGCAUGGAGGCAAGUUAUGAAGAACACAAGGGCAGUCUCACAAGCAAAUUCAGUAUCUGGGUUUUCUAGAUUCUUCUCCAGCUCCCCACAUUACUUUGUGAAAGUUGGAAUUCCAGAGUUUUUAAACGGAAUAGGGAAAGGAGUUGAAGCCCAUGUGGCCAAGCUUGAAACUGAGAUUGGCGACUUCCAAAAACUUCUUGUUACAAGGACCUUGAAGCUCAAGAAACUUGGCAUCCCUUGCCAACAUAGGAAGCUGAUAUUAAACCAUGCCCACAAAUUUAGGGUGGGGCUUUGGAGGCCUAGAGCCGACCUUGUGAAGAAGAAAUAAGGGUAGAGUUUGAUAUCAGAGUGGUGCUAAUGUGUUUCUUGGUUCAGUGUUUGAGAUAUUUGAUCUCAUGAAACAUACAAGUUUCUAUCAUCUUUUUGAAAUUUAGGUGUAUAACAGUUCUGUAUUACUGCUUUAUGUAGAAGUUGAAUUAUUUUAAAUAGAUUAGAGAACAUGCUAAUUCAAUAA